GGCUGUUCUUACAUGACUUCGCAUUGGCCGAGAUCUGUGACAUUGGAGACGUUGGACUGAGUGUGAACGCAGUCCAUCAGUUUUUAGCUAAAUUAGAAAUUAGACAUCCUAACAGUAGCGGAGUGAGCUCUCUGACGUAAACUAAAUCUCCAGAGCCAUUUCUUUUCAAAUCUAUUUUUCUACUUUAGCACCGUGCUGGACGGAUCUGCCAUAGAGGAUAUAUGUUUGGUAAAGGUGCGAAGCGGAAGCUGGACGAGGAUGAAGAGGGGCUGGAAGGCAAAACGCUGGAGGCGUCGGUGGCGGGAGGGGGACUAGGCCUCGGUCCUGAAGGCCUGUCCAAGGUAUCGUACACCCUUCAGCGGCAGACCAUCUUCAACAUCUCCCUGAUGAAGCUGUACAGCCAGCGGCCGCUUGGCGAACCCAGCCUGGAGCGCCGCGUCCUCAUCAACAACAUGCUGCGACGCAUCCAGGAUGAACUCAAGCAAGAAGGCUCCCUGCGGCCGUUGCUCCUGCCGCCCUCACCGCCGCCUGACGACCCUAUGGAUGAGGGAUUUCGCGAGGCACCACCCUCCUUCGGUGUUUUGUCAGCAGCAGCGUCAGCACAGGUGCCCCAGCCUUCUGCGCUGUUGAUGCCGGUGAUCGUCCCACCGCCUUCACCCCACCCGUUGGUGCCUCCCACCUGCCAGACAUCCCACACCUGCCCCGAUCGUGUGGAGGCCUGCCCCGCCCCUCUGGAAGCCUGCCUCACUCCAGCCUCCUUACUGGAGGAGGAUGGUGGAGAUUCAGCCUUUUGUGCUCCAUCUCCACCCACUCCUCCUCUGUCGCCUCCCCCUGCGCAGCCUCCACCGUUGCCGUCGGCACUUCUGGGCCAGGUGUCCCCCAGGGUCCCUGUGCCUGCCUCGUCCAAUGACGGUUUCGCCUCCGCUCUGAGUGACAUGGAGUUGGGUCCUCCCACAGCCAUAACAAGGACAGCAGCAGCUAAUACUACGACCGUGACUACCUCCCCAACUCCCACGCCACUCACCCAACCCUCCCACUUAGCAGCCCUGUCCCCAACAUCCAUGGGCCCACCCAGAGACUGCAGAGCCAUGGGUGCUAAACCAGAGGCAGCUGGCGUCUUGCUAGCAGAAGGCCGCUGUGCCGAGCUUCGGCCACUGGACACUUUGCCCACACUGCCCACACUGCCCCCUGGCAGCCUAGCAGACAUUUCCUCCUCUCCUUCCUCCUCUCCCUCCUCUUCCUCGCCCUCGGGGUUUCUCUCAGACUUGGCGCUGGAUGAUGUCCUGUUCGCCGACAUCGACACGUCCAUGUAUGACUUUGACCCCUGUACGACAGCAGGGGCCGUGGGCAUGACAGCGGGUGGCGGCCUCGCCAAACUGUCGCCAAUGGUGACGGCGGACGACCUCCUCAAAUCACUGGCCUCGCCGUACAGCGGCCCCACCCCCCAGGUUUCAGCCAAUCAGCCUUUCAAAAUUGAUCUGACAGAACUGGACCACAUCAUGGAGGUGUUGGUGGGUUCGUGACUAGCAGACACCACCACCUUUGAAACACAAAGACAGUUUAAUCCGGAGAACAGACUGGAAUGAAAAUUUGGGAUGGAUUUAGGGUUUUUUCCUGGUUGUUCUUUUUAUGUUUGUUUUUAAAAAACUCUCUUUAAAGGUCGGUAAUUGUAAACAUCGAUGGUGAUGUCAAUUAGUACUACUAUGACAACUACUACUACUACACAACACUGUGCAUGCACUGUGCUCGCCUUUCCAAAUAUGGAAAUGAAGUAACCGGGAAACAAAGACACACAUGAAUUUGUAUUUCUAUACUUGUGAGGACCUCCAUUGACUACGUUCAUUCCCUAAUUUAAACCUAAUCCUAGUUCUAAUCUGUAACACGGACCUAAGCCUUAACCCUGAAAAGUUACUGUAAAUAGAAAAAAUGAGGACCGGCAAAUUGUCCUCAUUCUGGAGGAUCUUUGCAAUCAUUCUAUCCUUGAGAGGACAUUUACUCCUCACAGGUAUAGAAAUACAAGUGAACACACAUAGACACGACACACACACAAACACACACACACACACACACACUGAAUUCAUGGCUUUUAGCAGAUGAGUGCCUUUCAAAAUGACCACUUAUUCAAUUCCUGUUUUUACAGUAUUUGUUUUUUUUUUCCUAGUUCUUUUCACUUUAACAGCCUAGAGAGGUCACUCCCUCGAUGUUUUUAAUUUAUUCUAUUGUAUUAAAACUGUUAUUAAGUGAGGUAAUUUCUCAUGAUCAAAUAAUAAUUAUUUAAUCUUUAUCUUAUUACAGAUGCUGUUUUAUUUGAAAAGCAAGCAUAAUAAGUUUUUACAGAAUACAUUGUUUUACCAGUGUGCUACAUAUUAGCUUGGCUAUAUAAUUACGCUUCAGCAAUAGCUCUAAAACAUAGUGGUUUGUUGAAGCCCUUUGAUAGAAGGAGGUGUCUGUUCUUGUACACAUCAUGUCUAUGAAUUCAGUUCAGGUCUUGUUUUUUUCUUUACCUUCCUAAUUGGCAGGCACAUAACUGUGCUGCAUGCUAUUUUACAUAAACACGGUCGUAUGGGCUAGUUAUCACGCUUCAGUUACAGCAGAAUUCAAAUGAGCUACACCCACAGGAAAGUGUUUACAUUGGAAGCAGCAGCAGCACCAACACAGCCUCUCGCAUCCCAGUCGGAUGGACAAGAUCUAAGUCCAACUUGAGCAGAGACUUCAGGCUCCAAAAUCCACUCCACCACUUGCUUUUUUCUUUGAGUAUUUAAUUUGGCUUUAUAGGACACAGAACAAAUCAGCUAUCACAGAUUGCAGGGACAGUCAUUGCAGCACCAAUGUGACUCCAUAGAUUUCUCAGAAUUGCAUAAAGAAAAGGAAAGGGUAUAUUUUAGGGGAAAUGCCUUAUUUUGGGGGUUUUGAUCCAACAGAUUUAGCAACGAGUGACAGACAAAUUGCAGUGCAAAAUUACAUAUUUGCAGAGUAUGUUUACUUGUGUUUAGGAAAGAAGCCCUUAUAUGCCAAAUCUCAGGGUUCUGCUCACCUCUGUACAUUGUGCAGGACAGUUUUGAGGUUGACCCCGAACCGCUUGGAUGUUUUAAACACAUACGAUCGCUGAAGGGCUAAAUCUGUCUCGUAAAUAAUUUGAAUGUGGAUUUCCACCGAAGUAGGAAACCCAAACCAUGGUGUUAACCUGAUACUGCAACCAUGCAAAAGGCUCUGUUGUUUCAAAACACUACUCCCCUGCACAGUCCACUACGCAUGAGUUUAGGCACAAAAAGACAAAAUGUGAUGGCUGAGUGCAGCAUCUAAGAUCUACAUGCUGUUUUCCCAGCAGACCACACAUGCACACAGUUUUUCAUAGAAUGGGAGUACUCAGUUUACCAGUCUAAUGCUGUGUCCACAUUUGAGCCUUUAUAUGCUGAUCUACUGAAGUUAAAUAUAGUCAAUUUUACAUAAAAUUCCCAUUUAUAUUUUUAAAAUAAUGGAGUUGAUGUCACGUUUAAUAAUUCAACAACUGAAAUACAAUUCACAACUGUCCCUAGUACACAGAUUUAUUUAUUAACUGUCAUGGAUAAAAAAGUAUAGAGGAGGGGUUUGCUAUUAAAAGGAUUUUUAAAAAAAGAUUAUCUAUUAAGUGUUUUAGGCUAAAAACAGCAUUACACAGUGAUCUAUACAUUAUCAGACUACUGACCUUCAUUUAGAGUUUUUUUGUAUCAUGCAUUCUGAAUUAGACCAACAUGUUGGCACCAGGAUAGUUAGUUGCCUUUUGAUAGUUACAAGGCCUGCAGAGGACACAGACAUUAGUCGAAGUAGUUACAGGAUAACAAAAUAGUACAGGUUUAGGAGACUUCAAGGUGCAAAUAAACGGUUAGUUUUUAGGAGCAGAACAAAAAGUUGUGAAAUGCCAUUACUUGCUGCAAUAUUCAGAAAUAUAUUCAUUAUCAAUGAAUCAGUAAAGGUCAGAGUCAUCACUUUGCCUCCAGACAGUAAAAGCAAUGUGAUUUCAUAGGCUGAAAUGUUGAAGGGAAAAUCCACCCUGGGAUACUUCUACAAUGUUAUUUAUCACCAGUCAGUUAUGUUCAGUGUAUUACAGGAAGUAUGUGGUGUUUCCUUCACUCAAAACAUUUCUGUUUGCUACAUUGUAUUAUGGCUUAUUGGGGCUACUUUGUGAAAUUGGAAUCUCUGAAUCUUUGAUGAGUUUCUAACAUUGUUGAAUAUCAGUGCAAAAUGCUUUUUAAGCCCCCACUGUGAGGGGUCACACCAAAACCUGAUGUUUAAAGCUACAUUCAUUCUUUUAUUGGCCAUUUGGGGCAGCAGAACAAGCUGAAACCAAAAUAUCUGAUAUAUUGUACAUCCAUAGCAUUCAUUUGGAGUUGUCAUCUGGCCACUUGGUGAACAUAAGUCCAAUAUUCGCUCUCCUUAUAGCUCUGUUUUGGUCUCCACCAACUCCUGAAGCAGGUGUUUGGCUCUUUAGCUGUGAAAAUGCUCCACUAUGUACGCUAGCUAGUAGCUUUGUUUGUAGCUUGUUGCAAGGCAUGUAGCAUAAAGCGUCACAGCCUUUUCACUAAAAACUACUGCCUGCUGUGGAUACGAGCAAAGUUGUUGGACAGGAAACUAAAACAAUAAGAUAAAAA